UAAUGACAGAUGCGCUUGUUUCGCUCAAUACACAAAUAAAAUCGUCCGGACACAUGACGCUGGCAAAGUGGUUUUUUUCUGUUUAUUCAACGAAUUACUGUUGAAUUCUUCGGUUAUUUUGUACAUAUAUUUAGAUGGCUUCGUUAGAUAAAGUACGAAUUAUUGUGGUCGGCGAUUCAGGUGUUGGCAAAACAUCACUCGUUCAUUUAAUGGCACACAAUGAAGCGUUAGUGUCGCCCGGCUGGACCAUCGGUUGUUCUGUCGAAGUAAAACUUCACGAAUACAAAGAAGGAACGAAUCAACAGCAGACAUUUUUCAUUGAAUUAUUCGACAUAGGCGGUUCCAUCAGUCAUAAAAAUACGCGUGGCGUUUUUUAUAAUCCAACACACGGCAUUAUACUCGUGCAUGAUCUCACAAAUCGCAAAAGUCACGACAAUCUACAGCGAUGGCUCUACGAAAUUAUCAACAAAGAUGGCAAAGACAUUAAUCGAUCAAAUAGUUGUGAUAGUGACUUUGACCCCGAAUGCUUUCUUGGAUCGACACAGUUAAAAUCGUUUCAGAUACCAAUUUUUGUGGUUGGAACCAAAGCCGAUAUGGUGGAUGAUAAAGAGCGUAUCAAAGAGCUGAAUCGAGGUGGAAAUAUUGCCGAGCAAUGUGGUGCUGAUGUAAUUUGCCUGAACUGCCAUGAAGCAAGAAGCCUAGCAACCGGUACAACAAACUCGGCCAAGUUGAAUCGAUUUUUUGAUAAGGUUAUCGAACGUAAAUACUUUUCCAAACACGAAUCUCUGGGAAACGAUAAGCGAAAAUAUGCACCAUAUAGCAUGUCACCGCCGUCAUAUGCACCAGCUAACCGACCCACAUCGUCGGACAGUGUCAUUUAGUUGAAUCAACUGUUUAUUUGUAUUUAAGCUAAAGAAUUUGAAGAAAAAAUUGAAUAAAAUGAAAGACAAUGUUUUUUUAAAUGA